CGCUCGUCGUCGACCAUGAAUUUGGCCGAGGAAAAUGCAAAGCUGAAGCAGGCGUGCCACGGCCUCCUUCAGGAGAAGGCCACCCUUGCAGCCGGACUCAAGCAAAAGUUGGCGGCGCUCAUUUCGCAGAAGAACGCGUUCCUCAAGAAGGCCGAGGAGCUGCAGCAGCAGAACGAAAAAGUGAUGCAGGCGAUUCAGCGCAAGUCAAUGGGUGCGCGGAAGCAGCUUCCGCCGGUGGUGAUGCAGCGGGCGGCGAUGGUGCAGGGCUCGCCUGAGGAGCUGCGGCAGCGGAUCGGGCAGCUCGAGUCUGAGAAGAAGCUCAUCCACGCCAAGAUCAAGGGCAAGCUGCAGCAGCUUGUGACGGAAAAGUACGAGUUGACUGGGCGGCUGAAGCACCUUGAGCAGUCGCAGGUCAACCCGCUCGAGCUGCAGCAGCUCCGGCAGCAGCUUGCGAUGCUGAUGAACGAGAAGAUCAACCUCUCGCAGAAGAACGCGUCGCAGAACGCGGCGCUGCAGAACGCGCAGAUGUGGCUGGCGCAAAACAAGCAGCUCCAGCAGCAGCUGGACCGGAUGAAGAAGGAGAACGACACAACGCUGGUCAAGAUCGAGGCUGUGCGCGGCGAGUACGGGGCCAAGGUGGCCGAGUCGCGGGCGAGCAAGGCGAUGCUUGACGAGAUGCAGGCGACGCACGCCAAGUACGAGGCGUUUCUUGCCGAGGAGCGCGCGUCGCAGCGCAAUGCGGCGGCGUGGAUGAAGCAGAACGAGCACCUGCGGCAGAAGAUCACCAAGCUGACGAACCUCAACAAGAUUCUUGCGGCCAAGGUGUCUGACGCGCAGGCGUCGGCCGAAGGCAACGAGGCUGCAGCGACGUCCGAGUCAACCGAGCUCACCAAGCAGUGUGCGGCGAACCAGAAGACCAACGCUCAGCUCGUCGAGGCCAUCCAGCUCAUCAAGGCCGAGACGACGCGGCUCGACGAGUCGGUUCCUGUCCACGAGAGCGAGAAGGCGAACCUCAUUGCCGAGGUCACCGGCCUGCAGAUGCAGAUCCGGCAGCUCAACCGGCGGUCGGAGGAGCGGGCCAAAAAGUCCGACAAGACGCGGAAGGAGGUGCUGGAAAUCCAGAUGGAGCGGUCAGACCUCAUUCUGCAGGUGGAGGAGCUCAACGCCGAGCUCAAAAAGGUGGAGGAGUGGGAUCGCCAGAACGACGAGCUGCGGUACGCGCUGCAGGAGUCGCUCGACGAGAACGAGCGGCUGGUGGAGCGGCUGGAGCGGCUGGAGGCCGAGGAGACGUCGGACAACGGCGUUGAGUCGGACCUGGACAACAUUGCAGCCGAGUUGAUGCGCAAUGACGGCGGGUCGAUGUCGGGCUCGGCCGGGACGGCUACAGCCGGCGGCGGCGGCGAGUCGACAACUGACGACGCCGGCCCGUCUUCGCUCGACUCGGCGGAGCGCAAGCGCCUGGCGCGCGAGUCGCGGCGCAAGGACACGCUUGGCCGGCUCGAGAAGCGGCUCUCAUCGCUCUCCAUGCUCUCGGAGGCCAAGGAGAAGGACUCAUCUAAGAAGGAGCGGCUCAAGAACACGUACCAUACGCUCAAGCGCGAGCACGCGCCCGAGGACCUGCAGAAGCGGAUCAAGGAGGAGGCCGAGAAGCAGGUCGACGCCAAGAACACGGUCCCACAGUCGGAGCGAACGUACAAGGACGGCGACGACACCAGCGACAUCAAGUUUGUCCACGACGACGACGCGAACAACGCCUCGCGCUACCCGCAGAUCAAGGCGGCGACGAUCGAGAAGCUCGUCGAGCGGCUGACGUACGAAAAGUUCCCCGACACCGAGUACGUGCAGGCGUUCAUGCUCACGUACCGGUCGUUCACCACGCCGCUUGAUCUUCUUGAGCUCAUCAUUCAGCGCUACUGCAUCACGCCGCGCGAGGGCCUCUCGCCAGAGGAGCUCAAAGAGUUCAAGUCAAAGAAGCAGAUCCCGAUCCGCCUCCGGGUCUUCAACGUUCUCCGUGGGUGGAUCAACGACUACUUUUACGACUUUCGGUCGGACCAGCUGCUGGUCGACACGGUCAUGGACUUUGUCGAGAACACCAUGCCGGCGACCGGCAUGGAGCGACCGUCCAAGUCGCUCAAGAAGGCUCUCCUCCGCAAGCUGCAGGAGGCCGAGGAGCAGCGGACGAUCAACAUGGACCUCGAGUCGGUCCCGCCCGUCCGGCCCAAGGACCGCCUCUCGACCUUUGCAAAGUCGGCAGACUGCAAGGCCAUGGCCCGGGUCAUCACCCGCAUCGAGGCUGCCAUCUACAAGAACAUCGAGCCGCGCGAGUGCUUUGGCCUCGCUUGGUCCAAGAAGAACAAGGAGCGCGACUCGCCCAACAUCCUCAAGCUCGUCCGCCGCUUUAACGAGACUUCCAACUGGGUCCAGUGGGAGAUCCUGCAGGGUGCGCCGGCCGGCAAGCACUCGGAGCGCGCCAAGAUCAUGAAGAAGAUGAUCAAGCUCGCCAAGGAGCUCCGCGCCCUCAACAACUUUAACGGGUGCAUGGAGGUCAUCGCCGGCCUCCAGUCGUCCGCUGUCUACCGCCUCAAGAACGCUUGGGCGCGCGUCGACUCGAAGACCAUCGAGCUGUACGAGAAGCUCAAGGACGUGCUCUCGUCGUCGGGCAACUACAAGAAGAUGCGUAACUCGAUCCAUAUGGCCAACCCGCCGUGCAUCCCCUACCUCGGCAUGUACCUCACGGAUCUGACCUUUAUCGAGGACGGUAACUCGGACACCAUCGAUGGCCUGCUCAACUUUGUCAAGCGCCGCUACUACGCCAACGUCCUGCAGGAGAUCCAGCGCUACCAGCAGAUGGGCUACUCGCUCGAGCCCGACCACCCGCACCAGGAGUACCUCGAGCGCUGCAUGGCCCGCGCUCAGGCCGAGAUCCCCGAGGAGAACGUCGCCUACGAGCUCUCGCUCACCAUGGAGCCGCGUGGCUCCAACUAAAAUCUUCUCGCAG